AUGGACCUGUUGUUUGGGCGCCUAAAGACACCAGAGGAGCUACUACGGCACAACCAGCAGGCCCUGAACCGCGCCAUGCGGGAACUGGACAGAGAGCAGCAGAAAUUAGAGACCCAGGAGAAGAAAAUCAUUGCAGACAUCAAAAAGAUGGCCAAACAGGGCCAGAUGGAUGCUGUGCACAUCAUGGCAAAAGACCUGGUGCGGACCCGGCGCUAUGUGCGCAAGUUUGUAUUGAUGCGGGCCAACAUCCAAGCUGUGUCCCUCAAGAUACAGACACUGAAGUCCAACAACUCAAUGGCACAGGCCAUGAAGGGUGUCACUAAGGCCAUGGGCACCAUGAACAGACAGCUGAAAUUGCCCCAGAUCCAGAAGAUCAUGAUGGAGUUUGAGCGGCAGGCAGAGAUCAUGGACAUGAAGGAGGAGAUGUUGAAUGAUGCCAUUGAUGAUGCCAUGGGGGACGAGGAGGAUGAAGAGGAGAGUGAUGCUGUUGUGUCCCAGGUCCUGGAUGAGCUGGGACUAAGCCUGACGGAUGAGCUCUCAAACCUCGCCUCCACUGGAGGCUCACUUAGUGUGGCUGCUGGUGGGAAGAAGGCAGAGGCCACAGCCUCAGCCCUGGCUGAUGCAGAUGUAGAUCUGGAAGAGAGACUCAAGAACCUAAGGAGGGACUGACCACCCUACUGCCAU